AUGAACACUCGGAGCCCACCAAUGGUAUUGGAUGCGGCGUAUCAAGGUUGGCGGUACGGGACUCCAGUGCAGAUCCCGAGCUGGGGAUCCCUCUACACCGAGUCGGGAAGCACACUCGUGACCAAUUCAUCCACACCCAAUACGCUCCCUGAAGACGCCAGCCAGGGAAUCUUCCUCGCCCCGCAAGCUGCAAUGCCUGUUGUGGGCUCGGCCUGGGGUCUGCUACUCAAGUAUAGUUGCACCCCUGUCUACCACAUGGACGAGUUCACCAUCUUGAAGUAUCGGAUCAACUCGACCAGUCCACGCUAUGUGACCAACUACACCGCCGUGCCUGCUGAUUACGAGUUUAUGAAUUUCGGCAAUGACACGGCCGGGUUGUACUACGCCAACGCGCUGGGGAAUGCUAAUUUCUACUAUGACCUGGACGUACUAUUUGGCCCCUGGGCCGACAGCCCUUCGAUCAACGUGUUGAGCCAAUUACCGACGUACGGCGGAAUGGGCACAAGUUUGAAUGCACUGGGCUUUGCAGAGAUUGGCCUCAUCCGAGGCAUCGAAGUCCUCCAAGACCUCGAUCCCGUUGCAGGCGUCGGAUACAGCCCGUACCCAUUUCCGGACCAGGAUGGGAAGCCGCAGCCGAGUUACAAUGGAUUGGAGGAGGUGGACUUUUUGGAGAUCCUUCUGUGGCAGGGGGCAUAUGACAACAAAAUCUCCAAUGUGAUUGAACAUCCCAUACGAGGACUUGAAAAAGAACACAGUUUUCAAGGGAAGGACUUGCUCGCCAUCGGCAUCCAGUGCAAGUCCGCCUCGGUGGCCGGCCGUGCCAACAUCAAUGGCCUCACUGGCACAUUCGGCGACUUUAGUCGUGCCGACUCGGAGGCUUCUUACCUGGUCGACAUCCCUCGACUGGGCAUUGGCAUGCCAGCCAUGCUUCUCCCGGGCAUCAGAAGCAAUGCUUCAUUUGACAUAUACAAUUUUUCCUCUUUCACAACACCACUGCCCGUGGAAUACUACCCUGGGGGCCAGGAGUACACACUGAUGGGGACCGAUAUAGAGUGGUUAGAGCCAUUGUUUACGGCAGCGGACAUGCCUGUUGAAUUGAACCUCACAGGUUUUGUCACUUACACGAGACUGAUGCAGCGUGCCGAUCUCCAGCGUGCGGUCGAGGAGGCAUACAAGCACUAUGCGCUGGCGCUCAUGUUCUACGGCCAGGAAAACACGGUGGACGAAUGGCCCAACCCCACGCUGAAUCCAACGGUGAAGCGGCCCAUCCUUGUCGACGGCGGAGGUGUUCCUCCAUUGCUCGUUCUUGUUCUGUUUUCCAUCUGGGCGUCCGGCUGCCUGGUACUGGGACUUGUCUACGGUCUUCGGAAAAGGCACAGCGCCACUUUUGACACGCUUGCCUUUGAUCAGUUUUGCAAGCGCCAAAACAUUGACCGUAAGCAGAUCUUGUGGGUGUCGUCUUGA